UAUGAUGAAAAUUGAAUGUGCUUCGAUGUAGUAAAAUCGUAUCUGUGUCGUCUGCUGUUAGCAAGUUCUCGGAAAUGAGCAUCUAUAUACGAUUUUCGUCCUUUCAAGUUAAAAGUCAACGUCUGAAACUGUUGUUGUCAUUUUGAAUUCGUGUUGAAUCAUACGACAUACGAAACUUCACCUCGCCUGGAAACAAAGAUUUGGCCAAGGGUCAAGUCACGCACGGACGUACGCGAUCUGUCGAUUUCCUUGAAUUUAAAACAAUGUUCACAAUGGACUGCAAACGACGCUUUAAUGUGACUGUUCACGCCAAGAUCUACUGUUGGCACUGAUUUGAUCACACUACAAGAAGUACCAUAAGGAGAAACUUCCGAAAGUAUGGAGAACCUAGCACUGGUUGGCCUGCGCGUCCUCCGAGGUCCGGACUGGGCGGGUGGCGAUGAAGAUGGCGGAGAGGGCCAUCUGGGCACCGUGAAGGAGGUCCUAAGAAAUUGGCACGUGCGCGUGCUUUGGGACACUGGGCAAGAGAGCAUCUGCAAGGCUGGUGCGGAAGGAAAGACAGAGUUGAGGAUCUUUGAUACUGCAGCUGUGGGUGUGCACCAUUCUGGUAGCUUGUGUUCGUCGUGUGGAGAGAAGGAUAUUUUUGGCGCGCUGUGGAGCUGCGUGGACUGCACGACCUGUGACCUCUGCACCACGUGUUACGUACUGGACGAGCACGACACUGAUCACUGCUUCUACAGACUAGACUUUCAGAAUGCUCCUCGUGUGGCGGUGGGCCAGAGGAAGGCAAGUGUGCGACUUGGUGCCGUGGGCUUGUUGCCAGGAGCUCGCGUGAGACGAGGAAAGGACUGGGCGUGGGGUGACCAGGACGGAGGACAAGAUUCUGAAGGAACUCUGGAAAAUUACGAGGAAGUUGGACCGCUUUUCAAGCGAGCACUGAUGCGGGUUCGAUGGGUGAACGGAGGGACCAACAUCUACCGGGUGGGAUUCAAAGGAAACGUAGAUGUGGUCUGCAUAGAGGAGGAAGCCAGAUUCUUUUACUACAGAGAUCAUCUGCCUUGUCUUGGUACUGGAAACUUUGCUGGCUGGAACGAUGAGGGGAUCAUCAGUUAUCAGGCAGCAUGCUCAGUUCAUCCUGAUGAAGGUGACGGUGGUAUCAACAGCCACGACAAGGAUAAACGGUCAAGGUCUGCUUUACUGGAAACAGCAAACGGUGCUGAAGGAGGGACGGACUUACCUGCCAAAGCAGAAGAUAUCUCUGAUGUUCAUCCUGAAGACAGUUCAGUUGCACAGAAUGAGGACUGUGGGAAGAUGACGUUGAGCUUCGAAAAGCUUUCGACCAACAAAACAGAGAGGUUGUGGGUGCUGAAGAAUUGAAAUUCGAGCCACUGUCUGAAAGAAAAGAUG